AACUGAGGACAGAGAAGAGGAGACAACGUCGGUCAUUUCACCGGUCGAUGGAUAAAGAGGUAGAACAGGAACGAUGGAGAGACAGGUGAACUUUGUGAAGGGAAACACAGAUCCACACACUUAAACCUGCUCCGCAGAUGCUUUUGAAAAGCAUCAGGAGGAUGUAUGGCCUCGGCCUUGAACGACAGCGGAGAUGGACACAUUCUUUGCCUCUACUCAUCUGGCUGUGGCUCCUGGCAGCUUCUCCGCCCAGAGCGGUUGGCUAUUUCCUGGCCGACACCAAAGCAGUAUUAAAUGGCUGCGAGAACCACUGGACCCUGCAGGACAGGGCCGCCAUGCCGCUCCUCUUUCAGAUGACCGUGUGCGUCGACAUCCGCGUGGUCGCGCCCGGAGCCUGGGUGGCCUUCUCUUACAGCUCGGUCCACGCGCCCAGACCUGAGCUGGGCCUGGAGGGAGAUGACCAUGCCCUGUAUGGGUGGCUGCUGAGGGUUCGACACCGAUUUCCUCUCCAGCUGUCCCCACAACACUGGCACAGGGUUUGUCUGAGGCGGGACGUACGGCGCAACACCUUUAGCCUGGAGGUUGAUGGGAAUGUGGUGGCUGAGAGGACGGUCAUCGCCCGGGCCAUCCCCCCCUCCGGCACCCUGUGGCUGGGCUGCCGUCCCAGAGACCGACCCCCAGGAGCCGUUCUCGGAAAGGUGGAGCUGUACCUGUUCCGCAUGUGGGGGGACGUGGGUGACCACGGGCUCUGCGAGGACGGCACUGUGAUCGGCUGGAACGCCAAGUUCUGGGGCAUGACCAGCCCGGAGGCCAGACAGAGAGACCCUUACCUCAUGUGUGCUAUAACAACUGGGUUUGGAUUUGGACGGUUAUUCCCACCUUCCCUCGAAGUGCCAUCAACUACAACUACCUCAAGUCCUGUCAUAGCAACACCUGCGACUCUGAUGAGCACCCAGACAGCACAGCUCACAGAGCGCAGACGGUUCAGACGAGGGGCACGAGUUAGGAGACAGUUAACAAGUGGGUUGCCAUUAAUAAAUUGUGACAUCAGCCAACUCUGUUCCAAUGAAAAUGCUUACUUCUGGAUGUCCAUACGUGUGGAGGUCACCAGGGGCAAUAAGACUGAACAAGACGUCACCAGCCUGGUGUCAAAUGUGUUUGGCUGCCACAACUCAACAGGCUUUACAGAUUUCUGUCGGGAUGACAGACAACUUCAGGUAGAAGUGGUGACCUGCGAGGAAAAGAUGAACAUAAGAAAUACGACCUGCGACGUGCUGUUGCAGCUCAGCCACGCCGUCUCAGUGUGUGAACUGCAGCGCGCCGGAGCCUCUGCACUGCAGCAAGCUGGAGACGGACAGAUACAAGCGAGAAUCAUGGGAGAGGUGGAGAGAGUCGCUCGAGACCUGUGUGAGGGUGUGGAGACCUCUGGUGGUGGGUUCGUGAGGUGCACCUCCACCUCCCCCCUGGAUGAUAUCUGUCAGGCUAACAAGCACUCCGAGCUUACAUGCUCAGUCAUAGAGCCAAACUCCAGCCCCACCACACAGUCUAAUACAAAAACCUGCAGCCGGGAAGAGCCUCGCUUUUGUGACUGCGCUGCUUUCUGUAACUCUGCAAGCCAGUUCUUCGCCAUGAAAAUCAACAUUCACAGUGAUUCUGUCAAAGUUAAUGUCCUCAAAUCAUUGCUGUCAGCAGUGAAAGUGGCUAGUGUAUGUCAAACGUCGGGGUCAAUGUGCCAAGAUUCAGGGAUUUUAAAGCGCUACCAGGCUGCUCAUCUGGAAUGCCAUGGGACACAGCAGAGGUUGUACAACUGCAUGGUGAUACUGGAGAUGUCUGGACCUGUCGAUAGUUGCUUCCUGACUAAACUUGUGCAACAAAUCAUUGACGCCAAUCCUUACAUAACAAAUGAAAGGCCACUUACACGCAUGGUGGUUUGUGGUCCUUCUGGCCUUCCUGUCCGAAGCAUGUUGACGUCCAACCUGACCUGGGUUGCCAGUGAGCUGCUGACCUCCGACUUGUGCCAACCUGACCCAACCCUGCUCAAAUGUGAUGCAAAUGAGACGCUCGCUGUACUUCUGACUGCCAGCUGCCCCGACUCAACAGAGCAGAGCACAACGCAGCCUCCCACUCCAACCAACAGCAGCAUGACUGCAACUCCUGAAGCUUCACCGCCAUCUGUGUCCAACACCACUGAACACACAGCUGAAACCACUGCAGCGGUUCAACAGAGAAAUGUGUCACAAGGAACAGCUGAGCCAAACAGGACUACUCCACUCACAACAAUUAACAGUCCACAGUCCUCAGCAGCGCAAACUGUCAGCACAACAGCACAGAACACAGCUUUAACUCAAAGCACAAUGUUGUUGACACCCACCCGGAGUACACAGCUGCAAAACACAACCACAGCACACCAAAACAUGACAGAUUCCACACCAUUAUCCUCUCUCAGCUCAACACAACACAUAACUACAACUGCCCUUGUUGAUUCAACUUUUAACACAACCACACUGUCUCCCAAUCCAACAGCAGUGUCCAGUGUUACUGCAGUCAACACAUUUACAACUUCUCCACAUGAUACAACAGUGUCCAAUGUCACUACAGUCAGUACAUUUACACCCUCUCCAAAUGGUACAACAGUAACCAAUGUAACUACAGCCAACACAUUUACAUCUUCUCCACUUGAUACAACAGUGUCCAAUGUCACUACAGCCAGUGCAUUUACACCCUCUCCAAAUGGUACAACAGUAACCAAUGUAACUACAGCCAACACAUUUACAUCUUCUCCACAUGAUACGACAGUGUCCAAUGUCACUACAGCCAGUGCAUUUACACCCUCUCCAAAUGGUACAACAGUAACCAAUGGAGCUGCAGCCACCACUUUUACACCUUCUCCACAUGAUACAACAGCGUCCAAUGUCACUACAGCCAGUGCAUUUACACCCUCUCCAAAUGGUACAACAGUAACCAAUAUAACCAACACAUCUACACCUUCUCCACAUGAUACAACAGUGUCCAAUGUCACUACAGCCAAUGCAUUUACACCCUCUCCAAAUGCUACAGCAGCAUCCAAUAUAACUAGAGCAGACAAUGACAAAACAACAAGUAACACAACAAUUAGCACAUUUCCAACCUCUCCAAAUGAUACAAAAGUGUCCCAUGUAACUACUGCAGAUACAUUAACACCCUAUCCAAAUGGUACAACAGUGUCCAAUGUCACUACAGUGGACAACAACAGUAACCUACACAACGGCACAAUUACAACAAGCAACACAACAAUUAGCACGUUUCCAGCUUCUCUCAAUGAUACAACAGUAACCAAUGUAACUACAGCCAACACAUUUACACAUUCUCCAAAUGAUACAAAAAUGUUCCAUGUAACUACUGCAGAUACAUUAACACCCUAUCCAAAUGGUACAACAGUGUCCAAUGUCACUACAGUGGACAACAACAGUAACCUACACAACGGCACAAUUACAACAAGCAACACAACAAUUAGCACGUUUCCAGCUUCUCUCAAUAAUACAACAGUAACCAAUGUAACUAGAGAGGACAACAGCAAAAACCUAGACAACGGUACAAUUACAACAACAAUUAGAACAUUUCCAACCUCUCCAAGUGGUACAACAAUGUCCAAUGUUGUUUCAACGGACAACAACAAUAACCUACACAACGGCACAAUUACAAGAAGCAACACAACAAUUAGCAUGUUUCCAGCUUCUCUCAAUGAUACAACAGUAACCAAUGUAACUACAGCCAACACAUUUACACAUUCUCCAAAUGAUACAAAAAUGUCCCAUGUAACUACUGCAGAUACAUUAACACCCUAUCCAAAUGGUACAACAGUGUCCAAUGUCACUACAGUGGACAACAACAGUAACCUACACAACGGCACAAUUACAACAAGCAACACAACAAUUAGCACGUUUCCAGCUUCUCUCAAUGAUACAACAGUAACCAAUGUAACUAGAGAGGACAACAGCAAAAACCUAGACAACGGUACAAUUACAACAACAAUUAGAACAUUUCCAACCUCUCCAAGUGGUACAACAAUGUCCAAUGUUGUUUCAACGGACAACAACAAUAACCUACACAACGGCACAAUUACAAGAAGCAACACAACAAUUAGCAUGUUUCCAGCUUCUCUCAAUGAUACAACAGUAACCAAUGUAACUACAGCCAACACAUUUACAUCUUCUCCACAUGAUACAACAGUGUCCAAUUUUACUACAGCCAGUACAUUUACACCCUCUCCAAAUGGUACAACAGUAACCAAUGUAACUGCAGCCAACAUAUUUACACUUUCUCUAAAUGAUACAACAGUAUCCAAUGUAACAACAACUUCAGAUACAUUUACACCCUCUCCACAUGAUACAACACUGCCCAAUGUAACUACAGCCAACACAUUUACAUCCUCUCCAAAUGAUACAACAGUGUUCGAUGUUACUAUAGUGGACAGCAACAGGAACCUACACAAUGGUACAAUUAACACAAUUAACACAACAGUUAGCACGUUUCCACCUUCUCUGAAUGAUACAAUGUCAUCCAAUGUAACUUCACCACAUACAGUUACACCUUCUCCAAAUGAUACAACAGUUUACAAUGUUACUUCAGCCAAGACAUUUACACACUCUCCAAAUAAUACAACAGUGUCCAACGUAACUACAGCCAACACAUUUCCACCCUCUCCCAAUGAUACAACAGUGUCCAGUGUUACUACAACCAGUGCAUUUACACAUUCUCCAAAUGAUACAACAUUGUCCAAUACUACUACAGUGGACGAUAACAGGAACCUACACAAUAGCACAAAUACCACAAGUAAGGCAACAAUGAGCACAUUUACACCUUCCCCUAAUCACACAAUGGCAAACAAUGUAACUACAGUAUCUCAUAAUUACACAACCGUGCACGACGUAACCACAGCUGCCAACGAUAACACAACAGAGUACAAUGUAACAACCCCAAAGAACAUCAGCAACCUUCACAAUGGUACAAUGACAACAACUAAUGCAACAAUGAGCACAUUUAUACAUUCUCCAAAUGUCACAGCAAAAACUACCAACUUCACAACAGCGUACAAUGUAACUACAGUGGACAACAACAGUACAACUACAAAAACUAACACAACAAUGAACAAGUUUACACCUUCCACCAAUGUCACAGCAACAACUACCAACUUCACAACAGCGUACAAUGUAACUACAGUGGACAACAACAGCACAACUACAGAACCUAACACAACAAUGAGGACAUUUACACCUUCGCCCAAUGUCACAGCAGAAACUACCAACUUCACAACAGCGUACAAUGUAACUACAGUGGACCACAACAGUACAACUACAGAAACUAACACAACAAUGAGCUCGUUUACACAUACUCCCAAUAUAACAGCAACAACUACCAACUUCACAACAGUGUACAAUGUAACUACAGUGGACCUCAACAGUACAACUACAGAACCUAACACAACAAUGAGGACAUUUACACCUUCGCCCAAUGUAACAGCAACAACUACCAACUUCACAACAGUGUACAAUGUAACUACAGUGGACCUCAACAGUACAACUACAGAAACUAACACAACAAUGAGCACGUUUACACAUUUACGCAAUGUCACAGCAAAAACUAACAAUUUCACAACAGAGAACAAUACAACUACAGUGGACAACAACAGCACAACUACAGAAACUAAUUCAACAAUGAGCAUGUUUACACAUAUUCCCAAUGUAACAGCAACAACUACCAACUUCACAACAGUGGACCUCAACAGUACAACUAUAGAAACUAACACAACAAUGGGCACGUUUACACAUUUACCCAAUGUCACAGCAAAAACUAACAAUUUCACAACAGAGGACAAUACAACUACAGUGGACAACAACAGCACAACUGCAGAAACUAAUUCAACGAUCAACACAUUUACACCUUCACCCAAUGUCACAGCAACAACUACCAACUUCACAACAGCGUACAAUGUAACUACAGUGGACCACAACAGUACAACUACAGAAACUAACACAACAAUGAGCACGUUUACACAUACUCCCAAUGUAACAGCAACAACUACCAAAUUCACAACAGUGUACAAUGUAACUACAGUGGACCUCAACAGUACAACUACAGAAACUAACACAACAAUGAGCACGUUUACACAUUUACGCAAUGUCACAGCAAAAACUAACAAUUUCACAACAGAGAACAAUACAACUACAGUGGACAACAACAGCACAACUACAGAAACUAAAUCAACAAUGAGCAUGUUUACACAUAUUCCCAAUGUAACAGCAACAACUACCAACUUCACAACAGUGUACAAUGUAACUACAGUGGACCACAACAGUACAACUGCAGAAACUAAUUCAACGAUCAACACAUUUACACCUUCACCCAAUGUCACAGCAACAACUACCAACUUCACAACAGCGUACAAUGUAACUACAGUGGACCACAACAAUACAACUACAGAACCUAACACAACAAUGAGCGUGUUUACACAUUUACCCAAUGUCACAGCAAAAACUACCAACUUCACAACAGCGUACAAUGUAACUACAGUGGACCACAACAGUACAACUACAGAAACUAACACAACAAUGAGCAUGUUUACACAUUCUCCCAAUGUAACAGCAACAACUACCAACUUCACAACAGUGUACAAUGUAACUACAGUGGACCUCAACAGUACAACUACAGAAACUAACACAACAAUGAGCACGUUUACACAUUCUCCCAAUGUCACAGCAAAAAUUAACAAUUUCACAACAGAGAACAAUACAACUACAGUGGACAACAACAGCACAACUGCAGAAACUAAUUCAACGAUCAACACAUUUACACCUUCCACCAAUGUCACAGCAACAACUACCAACUUUACAACAGCGUACAAUGUAACUACAGUGGACAACAACAGCACAACUACAGAACCUAACGCAACAAUGAGGACAUUUGCACCUUCGCCCAAUGUCACAGCAAAAACUACCAACUUCACAACAGCGUACAAUGUAACUACAGUGGACCACAACAGUACAACUACAAAAACUAACACAACAAUGAGCAAGUUUACACAUUCUCCCAAUGUAACAGCAACAACUACCAACUUCACAACAGUGUACAAUGUUACUACAGUGGACCACAACAGUACAACUACAGAAACUAACACAACAAUGAGCACAUUUACACAUUCUCCCAAUGUCACAGCAAAAACUACCAACUUCACAACAGCGUACAAUGUAACUACAGUGGACCACAACAGUACAACUACAGAAACUAACACAACAAUGAGCGUGUUUACACAUUUACCCAAUGUCACAGCAAAAACUACCAACUUCACAACAGCGUACAAUGUAACUACAGUGGACCACAACAGUACAACUACAGAAACUAACACAACAAUGAGCAUGUUUACACAUUCUCCCAAUGUAACAGCAACAACUACCAACUUCACAACAGUGUACAAUGUAACUACAGUGGACCUCAACAGUACAACUACAGAAACUAACACAACAAUGAGCACGUUUACACAUUCUCCCAAUGUCACAGCAAAAACUAACAAUUUCACAACAGAGAACAAUACAACUACAGUGGACAACAACAACACAACUGCAGAAACUAAUUCAACGAUCAACACAUUUACACCUUCCACCAAUGUCACAGCAACAACUACCAACUUUACAACAGCGUACAAUGUAACUACAGUGGACAACAACAGCACAACUACAGAACCUAACGCAACAAUGAGGACAUUUGCACCUUCGCCCAAUGUCACAGCAAAAACUACCAACUUCACAACAGCGUACAAUGUAACUACAGUGGACCACAACAGUACAACUACAGAAACUAACACAACAAUGAGCACGUUGACACAUUUACCCAAUGUCACAGCAAAAACUAACAAUUUCACAACAGAGAACAAUACAACUACAGUGGACAACAACAGCACAACUGCAGAAACUAAUUCAACGAUCAACACAUUUACACCUUCACCCAAUAUCACAGCAACAACUACCAACUUCACAACGGCGUACAAUGUAACUACAGUGGACCACAACAGUACAACUACAGAAACUAACACAACAAUGAGCAUGUUUACACAUUUACCCAAUGUCACAGCAAAAACUACCAACUUCACAACAGCGUACAAUGUAACUACAGUGGACCACAACAGUACAACUACAAAAACUAACACAACAAUGAGCAAGUUUACACCUUCUCCCAAUGUAACAGCAACAACUACCAACUUCACAACAGCGUACAAUGUAACUACAGUGGACCACAACAGUACAACUUCAGAAACUAACACAACAAUGAGCACAUUUACACAUUCUCUAAAUGUCACAGCAACAACUAACAAUUUCACAACAGCGUACAAUGUAACUACUGUGGACCACAACAACACAACCGCUAUAACUAACGCAACAAUGAGCACGUUUACACCCUCUCCUAACUAUACCAUGGUUAGUAAUUUAACUACAGUCUCCAGCAAUUUCACAACAGUGGAGAAUAUAACCAGUACAACUGUAUCUCAAAACAGAACAACCACAGGCAAUGUAACCACCUCACCCAGCAGGGAAACUGAACAGAACACAACAGUGUUUACCACUGUUAGUCAAGUUGUCAACAACACCGCUAAACCCACCAGCACUCCACAGAACAAUCAGACUGGAAAUUACACCACACCAGAAACUGACAAGAUCACAGACACCAACCAAAAUGGGACCAACUCAACCACAGUUGCAACUGGCACAACUCCCACUAUGAAUCACAGUCAAACCACAGGAAUCAGCUUUACCAUGAGCUCGACAACCAAAGGACCAAGAGUCAAUUCAACAACUACAGCAGCUAGCACUUCUGUUGAACAUAUAACUACAACAUCUGAGACAACCACAAAUAGUAAUCUUCCAGUCCAGAUUAACACCACCACUCCAGAGGUGUCCACGCCCUCUUCGACAACAGCUCUCCAAGUCACCACCCUUACCAGUUCAACCACAGCAGAAUCUGGUGCUGAAACUACCGUCACAUCCACCGCAGAGACAACGCAAAGCCAAGAGGAACAGGAGGAACAAGCAAACGAGCUGCUGAGCCAAACACAGGAUGCUUCUCAGCUCGACUCCUCUCAGGUGGCACAGGUGACGGAACAGUUAGAGAAGCUCCUCGACGGCCCUACUGUCUCUCGGUCAGUGGGACAAAAAGCCAUCAGUGUAAUCAGCAACCUAAUGGAGGGCGACUCACUGGCGAUCUCUGAAUCUGCCAACAGGCUGGUUCGGUUGGUAGAUGAGGUUGGUCUUAAAUUGGUUGUCGUUGGUGACAGCGAGAUUGCCUCCUCUAAUUCGCUGGUUCUGGCAGUGAGGACAGUUGAUGGGACCAACUUCCCAACAACAUCUGUUGACAUUUUCAACACAGAUAAUGUCCAGCUCCGCGCCCUCAGCAGAUCCAGGUCCAAGCGAUCAGGAUCUGCUCUGGGUUCUGUAUUCUUGCCUUCCUCCCUCACCUCGGGACUCAGUCCUGAGCAGCAACAGCAGGCCAGCAGAGUCCAGUUCACCUUCUACACCAGUCCUGCCCUCUUCCAGGAUUCAACAUUGGAUAACCAGACCACUGUCAGUCCUGUUCUGGGCUCCAGUGUGGCCAAUCUGUCAAUAAGCAACCUAAAUGAGAACAUUCAGUUUACCAUCCGAAACGUCAACCCCAUAACUGUGAACUUCUCGGCCUCCUGUGCAUUCUGGGACUUCGCUAAGAAUGGCGGUCGAGGAGGCUGGAGCACGACUGGCUGCUUUCUCGUCAACGCCACGCAGGAAGACACGACGUGCAGCUGCAACCAUCUCACGGCCUUUGCAAUACUGCUGGAUUUGUCCAGAGAUGGACUAACAGACCGUCAGCAAGCCCAAAUCCUUACUUUCAUCACCUACAUUGGCUGUGGAAUCUCUGCUAUCUUCCUCUCUGUCACCUUACUGACGUAUCUCUGCUUCGAAAAACUGCUGAGGGACAUUCCUGCCAAGAUCCUGGUCCAGCUCUGCAUGUCCCUCCUCCUCCUGAACCUGGUCUUCCUGUUGGACGGCUGGCUGGCGCUCUACCCAGCCAUCGGUUUGUGCAUCAGCACCGCCUUCUUCCUGCACUACUUCCUGCUGACAUCGUUCACCUGGGCGGGGCUCGAGGCCCUGCACAUGUACCUGAGCGUGGUCCAGGUGUUCACGCCCUACCUGAGCAGAUACAUGCUCAAGUUCUCACUGGUGGGCUGGGGCAUUCCUCUUCUUGUGGUCAUCAUUAUAAUAUCAGUGGACAAAAACAACUACGGUCUGGUCACAUAUGGAAGAUACACAGACGGUACUACAGAUGACUUCUGCUGGCUGCGUGAUGACAUCGCCUUCUACGUGGGCGUGGUGGCCUACUUCCUCCUCAUCUUCUCUCUGUGCCUGCUGGUCUUCAUCUUGGUCAUGGUCCAGCUGGCCCGGAUCAAGAAGCAGAACCCCCAGAACCAGUCUCCUAACAGGGGAGUGAUGACAGACGUGCGCAGCAUCGCCGGCCUCGUCAUCCUGCUCGGCCUCACCUGGGGGUUCGCCCUCUUCGCCUGGGGACCGCUCUACUUACCCUUCGUUUACCUUUUCACGAUAUUCAACACUCUGCAAGGUUUCCUUGUCUUUGUCUUCCACUGUGCUGUGAAGGAGAACGUCCGCCGGCAGUGGAGAACUUAUCUUUGCUGUGGGAAACUGCGACUGGCUGAAAACUCAGAAUGGAGUCGGACGGCCACUCAGAACAGAAGGAAUCUGUCGCUCAACACGGCGACCACCAGAGCGCUGCACUCCACCUCUCGGAGCUCCUCUGUCAUCAGCGACGCUACCAAUAGCAGUGGCUCUGUGUUUGCCGACAGCGGGAUAUCUGACGGCUCCAGCAGCGACGUCGUCCUCAACGAGAUUCACAGGCGAAAUAUGUCUCUCGCAGCGGUCGCCUCAAGCGUUCACGCAUCAAGUGCUGACUUGUGAUUACAAUAAUUAUCUACUCUGAGAGGAAGAGUCAGAGAGAAGUGAUCUCCUGCAGCUGGAGUAAACAAAAAGCUGACAGGAAAAUCCUCAGUGUUACACAAGAUGAAAGUUUUAAUGGUGAAAUGAAGGACAGAAGACAGAAGAGGUGAAAUGAGACUGAGACCUUUUACAUUGUUUUUUUUUUUUAAUAAUUACUGCUUUAUGCGACUAUUUGAUGCCUUUUCUACACUGACAGAAGAAUAUAUGAACACAGAAGGUACUUGUUCCCAGCGGGAAGUGUUCAGUCGGUGUGUUUCUGACUGAAAAAUGUAUUAUUAGAAAUUUUUAUUAUUUAUUGUUUGUAUCAAAGCUCUUAGAAUUAUUACCAUAAACUAUAGAGAUAUGGCAUUCAGUUGAAACAAAAGUGCAUUUAAAUAUCAGCCUACUUAUAAGGGAUUUUUUUUCUGCAUUUUUAUAUAUUACUUUUUUUCACAAGUAGAAAUGUAAAAGAUGAAGAUGUUUCCAGUUUGUUUACAUGCCCCACUGACCGUUCUCUCUGGAUUUUCAGUGAAGAGUCUAAUUCCAGAGUUUACCUGUCAUCAAGGGGAUGUCGAAAAAUGCAUUCUGGAAAGGGAUUCUCUAGAGACAGAGUGGAUUGAAGGAAAAAUGCCUUAAAAAAGGUGUAAUGAGGAAGAAUUUAGUUUGUAAUGUUAAAAAACAACUUAAACAGAAUAUGAAGAAAUAACAGUUUUGAUGUAAUGUCGAAGACGUCCAUGAAUUGUGUUGCAGAGGAAUCUACUGAAAUUAGCAUGCUAAUCAGCUAGCCCCAGCCACCCCUGUCUCAUAAUACUGCUCUGAGCUCCCAGUCUGGACCGCUACCUGCACGUCUAACUAAGCUAACUUGCUAACGGCCGCUACAGUUAGCAGCAAUUAGCAGUUACUCUGGUGAUAUGCUACCCGGUAAUUGUUUCGAAAUCCGAUGCUUACACAUUUACACCUUUGACUAAAUGUUAUUAACAGAAUGUGAAGGAAUAACAAUACUAAUGUUAAAUUAAAGACAAGAGAUUUAUUAUUUAUAUCUGCUCAAGUUAGCAUGCUCACAAGCUAGCCCCAGGCCUGAAAACCGCUCUCUCCCAGCGGUCCAAAGCUCUGGAGCCAGCGAUGGAAACAUCAACACUCCCAAAGGAAGUCCGGCUAGCUGCAUGGCUAACUGAGCUAACAAGCUAACAGUAGCAACAGUCAGUAAUUGUAUAACCAGAGUACAGUUAGCAGCAGUUAGCAUUUACUCCGGUGUUAUCCUGCCUUAUUUCCAUAUUGCACCUUUAACUGCUUAGUCAAAUGAUUUUAUUAGAAAUUGAUCACAUCUCUCUGUCAGAGUAUUUGAGGGUGAAUUCCUCCUUUAAUGUGAGAUAUUGCUUUAUUUUGCUACAGCACAGUGUUGAUGUUAGACUCAGAGUCUUUAGGUUGUUUGAUACUUAACAUUCAAUAUUUUUUUAUUAGUGUGAAAGACGUGACGUUUGGUGAUGCAGCGUAUUGGACCGGUGCCCUUGUGGAAGAACAUGUGCAUGAAAGAGAAGCUAAUAAAAACGUCAGCUCAUUA